GACCCCGCAUUCACUAUAUCUGGUCUCCCCGGACCCCGCAUUCACUAUAUCCGCUCUCCCCGGACCCCGCAUUCACUAUGUCUGGUCUCCCCGGACCCCGCAUUCACUAUAUCCGCUCUCCCCGGACCCUGCAUUCACUAUAUCCGCUCUCCCCCGGACCCCGCAUUCACUAUAUCCGCUCUCCCCGGACCCGGCAUUCACUAUAUCCGCUCUCCCCGGACCCCGCAUUCACUAUAUCCGCUCUCCCCGGACCCUGCAUUCACUAUAUCCGCUCUCCCCGGACCCCGCAUUCACUAUAUCCGCUCUCCCCGGACCCUGCAUUCACUAUAUCUGCUCUCCCCGGACCCCGCAUUUACUAUAUCCGCUCACCCAGGACCCCGCAUUCACUAUAUCUGCUCUCCCCGGACCCCGCAUUCACUAUAUCCACUCUCCCCGGACCCCGCAUUCACUAUAUCCGCUCUCCCCGGACCCCGCAUUCACUAUAUCCGCUCUCCCCGGACCCUGCAUUCACUAUAUCCGCUCUCCCCGGACCCCGCAUUCACUAUAUCCGGUCUGCCCGGACCCUGCAUUCACUAUAUCUGGUCUCCCCGGACCCUGCAUUCUCU